AUGGACGGCGAUGCCUUCGACUUCGCUCUGUUGACAUUGGGGACGCCUAGUAAGUUUAAACCCGUCAAGCUUGUAAAGAGGGAUGAAUCAGACAUUAUUAUUGGGAUGUCAUCGACGGUCCUGGGCUGGGGGAAGAGCACCCCUGAUGGUCCUAUAUUGGAGGAACUGCAAGCUCUUAAGGUUUCCGUAUGGAAUAAUGAAGAGUGCGCUCGAUUGUACGAUGGCUUGAGUGAUUUAUUCAUGUGUGCUGGUGGUAUUCUUGGCAGGGAUACAUGUGAUGGUGACAAUGGCAGUCCACUUAUCAAAGAGAUGGGCUCAGGAGACGAUGACGACAUUCUCAUUGCUCUUUCAAGCGUUAGUGUCCUCUGCGAUCAUGAUCUUCAAAAUCACAUGCACUCUGUAUUCAGACAUUCAGCAAUACCAGUAUGCAAUAAAGUGGUGUAUCUGCUCUUUUUUGAGAAGAACGAUGCCACAACGCUAGACAAUUCUUCCGGAAUAGUAGCUCCAGCUAACCGUUUGAAGAAAAACUUUGAGGCUUAA